AUGAUUUCCUCCAUGCGCGGUAGCACCAAUAAUGAGGGUGAUGUGCGCAGCUCGGGGAUCUACAGUCUGCAGACGAUGCUCUGGUACCGCACCGGAUCACGCUACCGGGACCUGCACUUCCUCGGUGCCCGCUUCGGAGAUAAGAUUGCGCUGGGCAUAGUGUUCGUGAGCUUGUACUGGAGAAUCGGGGAAAAGGAAGACCUCGCUAGCGUCCAGUCAACCUGUGGUAUUUUCUUCUUCCUCGUGGCUAUGUGUGGCUUUACAGCUACCAGCUUCCUGCCGGCCUUGGUGUUGGAGCGCUCGCUCUUCUAUCGCGAGCGUGCGGACGGCCUGUACAACAGCGUGACAUACUACGCCGUCAAGCUGAUAGAAGAGGCAGUGAUGAGCGUUGUGGUCAUCUUCCUGUUCAGUCUUGCGCUGUACACGGCCCUGGGGCUCUACGGAUCCUUUGGGGUCUUCUUCGCUACGCUCUACACAACAAACUUCAUAGGCAUAGUAGUUGCCUACGCCAUAGCGGCCAUUGCUCCAAACAUGGAGAUCGCGAAUGCAACUCUCCCUGCUUACCUGGCCUCCACGGCGUGUGUUUGUGGCUUCUUCAUCCUUUGUGAGAACAUGGCCUACCCAUGGCAAUGCUACUCUGCCAUCUCAUUCAUGAAGUAUGCCUGGGCACUCCUGAUGCUGAACCACUUCGGCGAGCACCCAGGCGGGGAGUCCAACUUCUAUUACAAGGAUGGGGAGAUCAUCAAUGUCAUUGAUUUCUACGGCAUGGACGAGGGCAUUACUUCAAGCAUUCCUUUGUGCUUUGCAGCGCUCAUUGGUGUGUGGUUCGUGUUCGUCGCCGCUGGAAUCUUGGGGCUGGCUUUCAUCACGCAUGCUCGACG